AUGUGCCUUAUCGCCAUAUCCAAAGAUUUCUUCGAAAGCGUCCUUCCGAACCCCGAGCUGUCGGGAGACGAAGACUUUCCGGACAAAUUGCUGCGCGGCGAAUUCUUGUCAUCCAUCCUGGGAGGCGCGAGCUUCCUCAUAUUAAUAACCCUCUCCACCAUCUUAGUCCCGACAAGAACCGGGCUCACGUUAUCAUUCGCCUUCGCAUGCAGCCGGUUCACAGCUGGCACGGGAACCGAGCUACCACUGCUGUGUGAGACCCCGUUAGGCGGCCGUCCCCUCGCCGGAGAACACGACUGCCGCCUGACCCGCCCGUUCGAACCGGGUUCCACCGAAGAAGACCGCGGGCCCGGCGCCCCGGGUCGACCCCGCGUGACCGACGGCUGCCUGUCGGAUAUCGAUGUCCUGAGGUUAGGCGGGGCGUCGAGCGAGAACCCGGGCAUUUCUGAGGGCUUCCACAUUUUCGGUCGAACGGUCGGUCUCGAAACCGAGGAGGCUGUCGGGGAUUUCACGGCUGUGUUGAUUACCGGACGGCGAGUCGGGGUCGAGGCCCGAGAUGUGGAUCUCGACGAGGGCAUGGUGGGGCCCGGGACUCUAGUCGGGGUUGAGGAGCGGGCGGUGGAUCGGGAGGUUGGGGUGGAGGAUCUGGCGGCGGUGGGGGGUGCGGGUCUUGAUGAGGAGAGAGUGGGGCGUGAGGUGGUGGGGGUGGAGGAUCGAGAGGGUUUUGAUGACGUGGAUCGGGAUGAGAUUGAGGAGGUGGCGGGCUUGGUCAGGGUGGGUCGGGAUGUUGAGGUAAGGGUUGGGCGGCCCGUUGGAGUCGAGGGUCUUGACCCGGACCCGCCGGAGGAAGAUGGGCGGCGGAGACUUCCGCUUGAAGUGUUUAGCAGAGAGGAUGAUGAAGAUGAUGUUUGUCUGGAAGAUAGGUUGUUCCUGGAGAUGGGGUCGGGCGGGGGAUUGGCUAGCUUCAGAAAUGGCAAGAAAUUGCAAAUGAAAAAGAAAAAGAAAAAAAAAGUGAAGGAAACAGAGGAGUUCCAGGAGGUGUCAAAAGCCUGA